CACAGGAAGAGGACGGAGCCCCCAUCCCGCCGCCCCCCUGUCCGCCCCAGUGACGUCCACUGCAUGGUGCACUCCUCCCAGCAGAUCCACGGGGGCCAGGGUCACACCCCUGAGAUGGGUUCUCCGGUGCUGGGUCACUCCUUCAGCCCCCGGGACCUGCUGCGGAGCCGCAAUCACGGCCAGCUACCCAUGGACAGCCCCGAGCGCCGGCGCCGCACCGGCCAUGGCAGCCUGACCAACAUCAGCCGCCACGAGUCGCUGAAGAAGAUGGAGAGCCCGCCCAUCCGACGCUCCACGAGUUCUGGCCAGUACACGGCCGUGUUCCAGGAGCCACACCCACACAGCGGCGGCAAGUCUCUGGACCCGGAGACCAUCGCACAGGUCAGCGUCAGCAACGCGGGACGAGCACAGCUCACUCCAGCGCCACAGCCCUGCCCUGCCCUGUAAACCUAGUCAGUGCUAAUUCUGUAUUCUGCUACUGAACACCUCUGUCACAACACUCCCAAACACAUUCACAAUCAUGUUAUCAAGAUGCUCUUAUACAGAGUGACUUACAAUAAUGAAGUCAGCAAAAGUAGGUGAGACAAGACAACCACGUGUCACGAUCAUUGCAAGUAAAACUUUCUUUAAAGAAUUGAUGCUAGCAGCAACCCCAGUGCUAGUAAGAAUAUAAAAAAUACAAUAAUUACUGUCAGAUGUGUUUUUGUUGUGUCAAAUAGCUUCUGGGACAUUGACGUUGAGUUAAAUCGCUUUUGAGACCCGAAUAUCUAUUUUUAUCAUGUUCCACACCGUCACACAAGCUGUUAAUUUGGUCCGAGUGCUGCGUGUCAGAACAGAAAUAGAAAGUCAUUAUUACAAAGCAGCAUCAGUGUCUGCGUAGUAAUACUUUGUGUCGGUACAGGCCACAAUUAGCUUAUCAGAGCUCUGAUAACAAUGCGAUGUGUCUUCGCUGUAGCAGCAUGCAUUGUGGAAAAUCAUGAGAAGCCAUCAGCAGUGUGAAGAGACUUCUAAUUAGGAAGCUGAUGGUCAAAAAGAGGACGAUGUCUCUCUCCAUUGGGUUGUCUGACUCUGUCUAGUAGGGAGAUGCUCUGAUGAAUAUCUUGUCAUCUCUGCGUCUUGUCUUUGGUGUUUGAAAUGGGGCACAUGCCCAGGGAUUUCAGUCUCAAGCAGCACUCUUGUCCUGACUGUGCUCACAUGCAUGCUGGUGGUGUGAUGUUGCUGUAGUUUUAUUCACUUGUCUAUCUUUAUUUUUCUCUCUCUUUUCCCUCUCUAUUUACCUACCUCUCGCUCGCGCUCCCUGCAGGAUAUAGAGGAGACGAUGAACACGGCGCUGAACGAGCUGCGUGAGCUAGAGCGGCAGAGUUCAGCCAAGCACGCCCCCGACGUGGUGCUGGACACCCUGGAGCAGAGGCAGUCGACCGGGGGCCCCACCCCAGCCAGCUCCAGCGAGUCCCUCAGCCCCCUCCACAACAUCCUACUGAAGGCCCAGACCGGCGAUGCUGGGGGGCCGCCGAUGCGCCGCAGCACCAGCUCCUCCAGCGACACCAUGAGCACCUUCAAGCCAGUGGUGGCGCCCCGCAUGGGGGUGCAGCUCAAGCCGCCCGCCCUGAGGCCUAAGCCCCUGGUGCUGCCCAAGAUGGGCCCGGCCCACCUCCCCGCCGCGCCCCCUCCCCAGGACCCCCUGGACAAGUCGUGCACCAUGUGA